UUCCCUUGGUCUGGGGCUCCCUACAGUUCCCCACCAGCACUCCUCCCAUUCCUUCCAACUUUAUUUUUAGCUGCAGUGGGAGGGGGAAGGAUGGGAGGGAAAGUAAAGAAAACAGAAAAGGAGAGGGACAGACAGAAGACUUCUCAUACAAGACAGAGGACGACCAGGCAUGAAGCGCUCCCUUAUCUUUCACCUGUUCUUGCCUCUGAUGUUCCUGACAGGUCUCUGCUCCCCCUUUAACCUGGACGUGCAUCACCCACGCCUGUUCUCAGGCCCAUCAGAGGCUGAAUUUGGAUACAGUGUCUUACAACAUAUUGGGGAUGGACAGCGAUGGAUGCUGGUGGGCGCCCCCUGGGAUGGGCCUUCAGGUGACCGGAGGGGGGACGUUUAUCGCUGCCCUGUAGGGGGCCCCUACAAUGCCCCAUGUGCCAAGGGCCACUUGGGUGACUAUCAACUGGGAAAUUCAUCUCAGCCUGCUGUGAAUAUGCACCUGGGGAUGUCCCUGUUAGAGACAGAUGGUGAUGGGGGAUUCCUGGCCUGUGCCCCUCUCUGGUCUCGUGCUUGUGGCAGCUCGGUCUUCAGUUCUGGGAUAUGUGCCCGUGUGGAUGCUUCAUUCCGGCCCCAGGGAAGCCUGGCACCCACUGCCCAACGCUGUCCCACAUAUAUGGAUGUUGUCAUUGUUUUGGAUGGCUCCAACAGCAUCUACCCCUGGUCCGAAGUUCAGACCUUCCUACGAAGACUGGUAGGGAGACUUUUUAUUGACCCGGAGCAGAUACAGGUGGGACUGGUACAGUAUGGAGAGAGCCCUGUACAUGAGUGGUCCCUGGGAGAUUUCCGAACCAAGGAAGAAGUAGUGAGAGCAGCAAGAAACCUCAGUCGGAGGGAAGGACGGGAGACAAAGACAGCCGAAGCAAUAAUGAUGGCCUGCACAGAAGGGUUCAGUCAGUCUCAUGGGGGCCGACCCGAGGCUGCCAAGCUACUGGUGGUUGUUACUGAUGGAGAAUCCCACGAUGGAGAGGAGCUUCCUGCAGCACUGAAGGCCUGUGAGGCUGGAAAAGUGACACGCUAUGGGAUUGCAGUCCUUGGUCACUACCUUCGGCGGCAGAGAGACCCCAGCUCUUUUCUGCGGGAAAUUAGAGCUAUCGCCAGUGAUCCAGAUGAGCGAUUCUUCUUCAAUGUCACAGAUGAGGCUGCGCUGACUGAUAUUGUGGAUGCACUAGGAGACCGAAUUUUUGGUCUUGAGGGGUCCCAUGGAGAAAAUGAAAGCUCUUUUGGGCUGGAAAUGUCUCAGAUUGGUUUCUCCACUCACCAGCUAAAGGAUGGGAUUCUGUUUGGGAUGGUAGGGGCUUAUGACUGGGGAGGCUCAGUGCUAUGGCUUGAAGGGGGACACCGCCUUUUCCCCCCACGAACGGCCCUGGAAGAGGAGUUUCCCCCUGCUUUGCAGAACCAUGCAGCCUACUUGGGUUACUCUGUCUCCUCUAUGCUUUUGCGGGGUGGACACCGCCUCUUUCUCUCAGGAGCUCCUCGGUUUAGACAUCGAGGAAAAGUCAUUGCCUUCCAGCUUAAGAAAGAUGGGGCUGUGAGGGUCAUCCAGAGCCUCCAGGGGGAACAGAUUGGCUCAUACUUUGGCAGUGAACUCUGCCCGUUGGAUACGGAUAGGGAUGGAACAACUGAUGUCUUACUUGUGGCUGCCCCCAUGUUCCUGGGACCCCAGAACAAGGAGACAGGACGUGUUUAUGUGUAUCUGGUAGGCCAGCAGUCCUUGCUGAUGCUUCAAGGAACCCUUCAGCCAGAACCCCCCCAGGAUGCUCGGUUUGGCUUUGCCAUGGGUGCUCUUCCUGAUCUGAACCAAGAUGGUUUUGCGGAUGUGGCGGUGGGGGCGCCCCUGGAAGAUGGGCACCAGGGAGCACUGUACUUAUAUCAUGGCACCCAGAGUGGAAUCAGGCCUCAUCCUGCCCAGCGGAUUGCUGCUGUCUCCAUGCCUCAGGCCCUCAGCUAUUUUGGCCGAAGUGUGGAUGGCCGGCUAGAUCUGGAUGGAGAUGACCUGGUAGAUGUGGCUGUGGGUGCCCAGGGGGCAGCCAUCCUGCUCAGCUCCCGGCCCAUUGUCCGCCUGACCCCAUCACUGGAUGUGACCCCACCAGACAUCAGUGUGGUUCAGAAGGACUGCAGAAGGCGGGGCCAGGAGGCAGUCUGCCUAACUGCAGCCCUUUGCUUCCAAGUGACUUCCCGCACUCCUGGUCGCUGGGAUCGUCGGUUCUACAUUCGGUUUGCAGCAUCACUGGAUGAGUGGACGGCUGGGGCGCGUGCAGCGUUUGAUGGGUCUGGCCAGAGGCUGUCUCCUCGGAGGCGCCGGCUCAGUGUGGGAAAUGUCACUUGUGAGGAGCUGCACUUCCAUGUGCUGGAUACAUCAGAUUACCUCCGGCCAGUGGCCUUGACUGUGACCUUCACCUUGGACAAUACCACAAAGCCAGGGCCUGUGCUGGAAGAGGGCUCACUCACCUCUAUACGAACGUUGGUUCCCUUCUCCAAGGAUUGUGGCCCUGACAAUGAAUGUGUCACAGACCUGGUGCUUCAAGCUAAUAUGGACAUUAGAGGCUCCAGGAAGGCACCCUUCAUGGCUCAAGGUGGCCGGCAGAAAGUGCUGGUAUCUGCAACUCUGGAGAACAGGAAAGAAAAUGCCUACAACACUAGCCUGAAUCUCAGCUUCUCUAGAAACCUCCACCUGGCCAGUCUCACUCCUCAGAGAGACAGCCCAGUAAAGAUGGAAUGCACAGCCCCUUCUGCUCAUGCUCGGCUCUGCCGUGUGGGUCAUCCUGUCUUUCAGACUGGAGCCAAGGUGACCAUUCUGCUAGAAUUUGAGUUUAGCUGCUCCUCCCUCCUGAGCCAGAUCUUUGUGAAACUAACUGCUACCAGUAGUAGCCUGGAGAGAAAUAGGACCCUUCAAGAUAACAUAGCCCAGACCUCAGCCUACAUCCGAUAUGAGCCUCAUCUCCUGUUCUCCAGUGAGUCCACCCUGCACCGCUAUGAAGUUCACCCGUAUGGGACUCUCCCGGUGGGUCCUGGCCCUGAAUUCAAAACCACCAUUAGGGUUCAGAACCUUGGAUGCUACAUGGUCAGUGGCCUCACUAUCUCAGCCCUCCUUCCAGCUGUGGCCCAUGGGGGCAAUUACUUCCUAUCACUGUCUCAAGUCAUCACCAGCAAUGCAAGCUGCACGGUGCAGAAUCUGACCGAUCCCUUCAGGCCCCCUGUACAUCCAGAGGAGCUUCAGCACACAAACAGACUGAAUGGAAGCAAUACUCGGUGUCAGGUGGUGACCUGCCACCUUGGGCAGCUGGCCAAGGGGACUGAGGCUUCUGUUGGACUACUGCGGCUAGUUCACAAUGAAUUUUUCCGAAAGGCCAAGUUCAAGUCUCUGACAGUGGUCAGCACCUUUGAGUUGGGAACCGAGGAGGGCAGUGUUCUACAGCUGACUGAAGCCUCCCGUUGGAGUGAGAGUCUCCUGGAGGUGAUUCAGACUCACCCUAUCCUUAUCUCCCUUUGGAUCCUCAUUGGCAGUGUCCUGGGAGGGCUCCUCCUGCUUGCUCUCCUGGUCUUCUGCCUGUGGAAGCUUGGCUUCUUUGCCCGUAAGAAAAUCCCUGAGGAAGAAAAACAAGAACAGAAGUUGGAGCAAUGAAUAUAGAAUAAGGCUCUAGAAAGGCCUCCCUGGCAGCUUCUUCAAGAGACUUGCAUAUGAGCAGAGAUUUGGGGGCUCAUAUGGGACAAGAAUAAGCCUCUGGACUAUCUCUCCAGACCAGCAGCCUGACAACUUUUGAGUCACAAGGAUGCUGCUGGCAAGAGAUGAGGCUUUACCUCAGACAAGAAGGGUUGGCAUCAAAACCAGCAACACUCCCAUCCUGUGGUCCCCUCCUCCUCAGGAUCCUGGUUCCAUAGCCAACUUUGUGAUCUUUGUUUGGGCCCAUUUUUCCUCAUCCCCAGGAAUUUAGGUGUUGGUUUUUUUUUUUUUUUUUUGUCUACAUCUCUGAUUUCUUUCAGAUUCUCUCUUUGUCCUCCCUCACAAUUUGGAAUUAUCUUCCUCCAUUCUCCCACCCGUUCACCUUCCUGCCUGCUCCCACACCACAGGAGGGAGCCGAGGUUGGCUUGAGAGAAAGAAGUAAAGUCAACAUCUGCUGCUUUCCUGUGGAGUCUGGUGAUUCAUAGAGCCGGAUGGAGAGAGUCAACAGGAAAAAAGGAGGGAGGAGGAAAAGCCACAAGAGACAUUUUGUACAAUUCCAAGGAACAGAGAACCCUUUAGACAGGCAACUGCCAUCCCCCCUGAAACCUGAGACUGUGGUGCACUCGGCCGCCCUCAGGUGCUGGUAAAAUGGAGCUGCCCCCAGGCUUGCUGGCCAUGGGCUGGCCUGCUUAGUUACAACCGUCCCUGGGAGAAAAGCCAGGCCUGGUGCCUGAUUUUCUGGAGCCAGGGGCCCCCAGGUGGCCAGAACUGGAAUAGCAGAGAAGACUGGGUUCUCUGGACGAUGUUUUCUCUGCUUCUCUCAGGUCUAUUUCCUCUUGAGCCUUCCUUGGGGCUCCUUAUAGAAAGCAGAAGGAAGAGGGUUGCUGCCUGCUGGUAGGAACUCCUUUCACCUUACAAGCUUUGGGAAGCAGCAGCCCCAUGGGAUCUGACCAAGUGGGGGUCUGCAUUAACACACCAAAGCCGUGGGUAUGAGGUACAGCACAAAUAGCUCCUAGGAAAAUGUUUCUGGGGCAACCCUAGUCAUAUUUUGUUUUCUCCGGUGAAAUCAGUUUGCCAGUCCUUUCUUGAUGUUAACUGGAAAUUCCCAAGUUAAUUUCCACCUCUGACCCCCACCAUUCCGUGCUUUCAUAUUUUGGUCCUUGCCAGUAAAGGUAAUUGGAUUCUCAUAAACAACUGGGUAACUGAUACUUUUAUGUAAUACAGAUUUUUGGAUACUGAAGUCAGUUAUUGGUCUCCAGAGUGCAACUCUGAUAGCCAUUUGAAGAAUCAACACCCAUUCUUAUCUGAGAAGAGAGAAGACAUGAUUGGAUAGUUGACCAGCAACCACAGAACCUGUCCUUCCAGGCUGCUCCUGAGGCCUGACCACAAUGUUUAUUUUGGCAUGUCUCUGCAGAGGUCUACCAUCAUGAGCAUUGUCUCUAGCGGGGUGAACAGUAUAUCAGAUGGUUAAAACAAAUAAAGUUCAGCGUUAAAUGA